AUGAAUCCUCUGUAUCAGUGGCGCAACAUUACGUCCUGGCGUCAUGCUCAGUCAACGGAAGCACACGCAUCGCAGACGAGCGAUGUCUGCGGCAAUCAUGCAUCACCUUCCUCGCAAAGCCGCAACCAUAAUUGUAGAUGCAGACCCAUCCUUCCGCCACACAACGAGCCUCCCACAACGACCUGCCAAGACGAGCACACGGCUCAUGCCAACUCUUCACCACCAGUUGCGCCCGAGAAUCAUCCUGUGUUCUCUACAUCCGAAGAUCCUCCACCAACGAGAACCCCUUCCAUGACCAACAAGGCGCUUCUUACAGACGACGGACUUCUACAAACCUGCUCAUCUUCAGCCUCCUCAUCGCCAGACCCAGCCGACCCCGUGCCAGAGCACCACAUCUUCGCCUCAACUUCGCCCUCCAGCUCCUUCAAGUCCGACCCUAGCUCCGCCACAGAUCCCCUACGGCUACCACUACCGGUCUCACCCACCAGCUCCUUCAAGUCCUACCAAGAUCUCGUCACAGAUCCACUGACCUUGCCUUCGCCGCGCCACAAGCUCGCUCGGAGAUCGAGCUCGAGCCUGAGCUUUGCAAUUCCGCGGGGCCCGAAGCUCGUUUCUCCAUCGCCUGACUUGCCCAGUCAAGUCCAGCCCAAACGCAACUUCGAAGCCAACAAGGACGUUUUCGACAGCGCUCAUUGCCACGGCUCAAGCGCUUCCGCCGCAGCCGCCGCAACCGAUCGGCCCGGGAGCGCUGCGCAAAGCUGCAGUCCAGAACAUGUACGUAGAGAUCCGCAAGCUCGCAGACGGGCUACGACACCGCCGCGGGGACGAAGAGCGAGAACAGUCUAG